AUGAAUAAGCAAAAUGUAGAAAUUAUUGAACAAAGUGAUCAAAAUGUUAAAAACCUGAUGAAUUGUGAUUUUCAAACCCGUGCACCAUUAUCAAAUAUUCAAAUUAACUCUAUUUCUCCAACUAAUCCUGGCAUUUAUGGUUCUGCAAACCCUCAUCCUAAUGCAUUUAAAAAAAACCAACUCUUGGGGGCUGUCAACUCUUGA